CCUCUUGUCCCUAUAUAAACACUCUCAACUAUCUAACCCCUUACAUUUUUGCUCACAAAAUUCCCAUCUCUCUCCAAAUGGGAAAAGAGAAAAAAUUAUCAAAAUCCAGAACAAUGACACCAAAUAUCGUGGCCAAUUUCCGAAGAUCUCUUUCUUUUCCAAAUCAUCCUAACCAUUCAAACAAACCCAAAAAAACCUUCCAUGUCCGAUCAGCUAGUCUUCCUUGUCGAUCUCAUCCUUUAAUUUCUCAGCUCAAAGAUGAUUUAAACGAGCUUAAAUCAUGGGCUUUAAAGCCCGAAAAUCGAUCUUCAGCUUGGCUUUGUGAUGGAUUGAAUCAACUCAAGAUUGUUCAUGAGUCUCUUGACGAUCUUCUUCAGCUUCCACAAACUCGUGAAUCUUUACAUGGCCAUUCUGAUUUGGUCGAGAAGCUUCUAGAUGAUUUCCUUCAUUUUGUUGACGUUUAUGGAAUUUUUCAGACAUUGAUUCUCACGUUCAAGGAAGAGCAUUUAGCUGCUCAGGUAGCUGUAAGGCGCAAAGAUGAAUCCAAGAUUGCUUCCUAUGCAAAAGCUUUGAGAAAAAUGGCUAAAGAAAUGGAAAAACUUGUGUCUAACGUGCAAUGUAUAGGAAAAUACAUUGUGCCUCAACAAUGUGUACCAGUGCCAGAUGGAGAUGCAGAACUAGCAGAAGUCAUGAAAGAUAUUAUAGAAGUGACAGAAUUGGUUUCUGUUGCACUUUUUAAUGGACUUGGGGUAUCAAUGGCAUUUCCAAAACCAACUUGCUCUUGGAUUGGAUUAGGAAAGAAAACCAAGAAAGUGAAAGAAGAUGAAGGUAUCGUGGAAUUUGUAGAAAUGGGAUUGGAGAGUUUAUUUUGGGGUUUGAGAAAGAAAGACGAUGAAGAAGUGAAAAUGGUGUCUAUAAAAUUGCAUGAAUUGGAAGAUUGUAUUUGUGGAAUUGAAAGUGGUGGGGAGAAAGUUUUUAGGAGUUUACUUAAUGCAAGAGUUUCAUUGCUCAAUGUAUUCACACAAUAGAGGGCGAAAGAAAUGAUAGACUCCCGAUAUACAAGGCAUCUCAAGUUCGUGCAAGGUUCGGGGAAGAGCCGCACCCCAAGGAAUGUGAUGUAGACAAUAUACCCUAAUACAAGCAUUAGUGGUUGCUUCCAUUGUUCGAAUCCGUGACCUAUAUAUAAUAUGGAGACAACUUUACCGUUGCUCCAAAACUCUGUAUGAUUAAAUAAUGAUGCAUAGAUAUAUAUUUUUUUUCUUUAAGUUUUCAUCGCAGAUCGUCUUUGAUAUGUUAUUUUUUAGGAAUUCUUUGUUUUGUUUAAUGGAGGAAGACAAGUUUACUGUUGAAUAUAUACUGAAGUUUCUUGUUAA